ACGGAAGUAAACAGGAGUGAAACCUCUUGCGUCAAACGCAUGAUAACAACUAUGGCUGCCUCCUGCUCGUUGGUGUGUUGUGAAGAGGAGAGAGACUCCGACAAAGCUGUUAUUGUUCGCUUUUCAAACGGCAACGUCCAAAAUGCAGAAAAACUGGGUUUCACGAUGUAUAAGAACGCAGAUGAGGCUAACCCCAGGAAAAAGAGCAGGCGGAUAAUGGCUGCUGAAUCAGACAGACUGUCCUAUGUUGGAAAUAACUUUGGAGCAGGGUCUUUGAAAUGCAACAACCUUUGCAAAUAUUAUGUAGGAGUGCUAAACAAGGAGACCAUGCACAUGGAGGUGCACUGUGCUGAGCUCUUCAACAUGCAACCUGUUAUACCAGGAGAGAUUGAAGAGUCUGCAAAAACCCAGGACCCUACUCAGACCUACAGAGAUAAGGUUGACUCUUUAAUAGAGGCGUUUGGCACCAACAAACAGAAGAGAGCUCUGAGCUCCCGCAGGCUCAAUCAGGUGGGCAGUGAUACUCUGCACCAAGCUGUGGCCAAGGCUGCCAACACUGUGAUCGACCAGAAGGGUCUGGAAGCUCUCCAACAGGAAGUGGCUGAGACAGAGGCCCAAGGAGACCUGACUUUCCACCUGCCUCCUUGCAAUGCAGGCGCUGAUAGACCUGAGGACGUCUACCUAUUUGAUGAUUUCCUGAGUCCAGUAGAGUUUGCAUCUUUGGAGCAGGCUGGAACCAAGAUGGCAUCACUUACCCUUGAGGAGCUGAAGAAGAUGAGAGAUGAUGGAGGGUGCUUGUCUGUUGUGAAGCACCUGGAGAACCUGCCAUCUGUUGGUGAAGCCAGAGAUAAAAUAUCUCGAUGUGCCUUUUACCUUUCUUUGCUCCUCAAUCUGUCACGGCAGCGGAGCAUCACCCGCAAGUUCGGGCAGGAGGAAGGCUGUCCUCGCAACAUUCAGAGCAAACUGUUUAAAACAUUCACUGUGGAGAGUUUUAACAGUGGCAGGGUCCAGAACGUUGUGUCAUCAUCAAUGCGUUCCAAACUAGCAGCUUACUCCCUGGCCCUGCUGCUGCACAUGAGUCACAUGACCUGUGACAUCACAUUACUCCACCGUGACCUAGCAAUCACCGAGGCCAGGAUGAUUGACAUAGCAAAGUCAAUGGGACUGACUCUAAUGAAGUUGCCCCGGGUGAAGGCUGAGGAGGAUGGGGUGCGAGACACAAACAGGCAGGCUGCUCUUGUUCUACCUCUGGUUAAAUAUGGGCAGUCCAUGGAUAGACCGAAACGCAAGAAAUUUCACUAAAGAUCAAGAACACUUUGAAAAAAGAGGGAGGACAAUAAUAAUUGGAAAUGUCACAAACAAUAACUGUUUAUUUUGUAGACAAAUAAAGUGGUGACCUCUUGA